AUGUCUUUCCUCGCGAUCCGCUCCAAGUGGAAGGCAAAGUCGAAGGCCGUUUCGCGUCGGCUGGCGCAGGCACCCACGCCCGGCCCAGCGCGUGAGCAGCCGCCUCCGAGCGCUGUCAGCACCGAGUCGUUCGAGUCGCCGUUCGUCGUCGAGAUUGGCGCGUCGCCCAACCCGGACAAGUCGCCUCAGGUCGACCUCGAGCUCAGCACCGAACCACUCUUUCCGUCCGGCAUCUUCGCCCGGCCAGGUUCAGUCUCGAGUGGCUCGCAAAAGCACCUGUAUAAUCCAUGGGUGGCGAACUCUCGUAAUGGGGUGGAGGAGAUGGUCAUAGUGGGUGGGGAUGCAGCUGAACAGGACGACCCCCAUGCCUGGGUCGAUGAGCCUGAACCUCAACGGGAAGGACAACCGUCUUCUUGGGCGAAGCGGGGAGGCAAGGCGGCACCGACGCCGCUUGUCAUCCCAAACGGGAAACAGUCUCGACGCGGUUCUCGACGCGGUGGACCGCGAUCAGCACACGACGACGACGCGUCGGUGAUUUCGGGCAUCACACUUCCGGGCGCUCUCAUCGGCAACGCCUUCAGCGUCAGUGGCGCAGAGCAGAGUGCACGGCUCGAUGGUCGCCUGAGCAGGCGUAUCACGCGUAUAGAUUCGGCGACGUUACCCAGGGGUGACCAUCCUCUCUUGCAUCAACCUGUGGCUAGGCGCUCGAGUCUGCCCGAAUUCGAGGCCGACAAGGAUGCCCCUCCAGUUCCGCCACUGCCGCAGUCCGCCUCCAACCGACCUGACAGCGGCGUAUUUUCCAACUCCAACAAAAGCAGCAGACGCGGCUCGCGCCAGUUGUUGCCGCCGGAGACGCCUCCCAUAGCGAACGUCAAUCGAACGUCGCAGCGCCUCCAGCCAGCGGAGGGUCAUGCUAUGCACCGAGUCUCGCGCAUCUCAGAGGCGUCAACCCCUUCGGCCAUCUCGCCGGCAGUGUCUUCUGCAUCUCCUGAUAUGCGCGAACCGUCUGAGAGAGAUAUUGCUCUCGCCAAUUCCCUCAAUCGUCUGAACCGGAAACGUUCGACGAGCUCGACGAACAAACCGAUAUACGAAACGUCACUGCGUCAGCGUUCGUCGCGUUCUGUCCAAAGCCUAUUGUUGCAUCCGGACAAGUUUCACUCGAAGCCCUCAACGUCGUCUCUGCCUUCAACAGCCGACGAACCCGAGUUCUCCGCGUUGCCUUCUGCGGCGAUCAUCGGGCGGCAAGACUCGCUCGGUCGGUUACCUGCAUUUCCUGAAAGUGCACAACCGCCGGAAACGGCUGGUCAAAUCACAUCGCAGCUCCCGGGUGUUUCGCCAGAUUCGCCAGAACCCUCUGCGCCACCGUUUACACCAGAUCUCCUCGACGGCGUUCUCUCUUCCGCGGUACCCACAACUGCGCUUCAAACUCCCGGCCUACGCUAUCCCGAGACACCCUCAGACUUCGCGCCAACUUCUUCGUCUCCUGGUGUAUCUCGUGCCAGCAGCGCUACUCGUAGCUCCAUGCGGCCUAGCCGCAGAGGAAGCACCAGGAAGAGCAAGCUCCUCCCCCGCCCAGUCAGCGCGAAGCCUUCGGCGGCAUCUGUUCGUGAUAGCAUCGCGCGUCGUCGAAAAUCGCGAGCACGUUCGCACAGUCGUGGUCCGGGCGUAUCCCCUCGUGGACUCGCACCCCCGGUGGUAGCGCUGCCACCUGUGGAGCUCAUGCCUACCCAUGGAGGUCCUUUGGCGAGCCCCAGGGCGCGCUCGGAGCUCUUCGUUGCAGGUCAUGCACGAACCGCUUCGGGUGAGAGCGUGGCUAGCUCUCGGCGCGGCCGCACACCCCCGCCCCGCCUCAUUCCCAGCGUGCCACCCGCGCCGAAGAACGCGCCUCCACCGCCUCCACCCCCACGAAACGCGUCGCGUCCGGGCGGCUCGAGAGGUGGAUCUCGUCAAGCGUCGCAUUCCCGUCACCCAAGUCCCCAACCACCUACACGCGACGCUGUACCACCCUUGCCAUUGGGAGGCGCGUCAAGUGGUACCGCGGACGACGGUUUGCCAACGCCUCCUGCAUCAGCGGAGAAGACACCUACUGGACCACGUUCGCGACCAGGACAAGGCUCCUCUGUCCCACCUACUCCGCCAGCUAAAGAUGUUCUGUUCAAUGCGUCGAAAUCCACCGCCCCUGUACACGCCUCUCAACCUGAACGUACUGCUUCGCAAGAGCUCGGGUCCGGUUUCCCCAUUGCGCACCCCGCAGCCGCGUUCUGCGCUCCCGAGUCAGGCAUUCCCGCAGUGGUGUCUACGCCACCACCCGCGUCGAAUGUCUUGCCCGUGGCGACACCUCCUCGCACACAGACACCGACACAUCUUGAGGCGCAAAUCGUGACCGCGCGCCGCCCUUCUGUCGAUAGUAUUGCACAACGCUCGCCUCCACCCGCGUACGAGCAGACGCAGACACCACAGACACGAGGUCCGCGUCCACCACCGCUCCAGGGAUCGCCGACUCCUGCACGUCGCGCUCUACUCCCGGAACAAGAGCCUAUUCCCUCAACGCCACCGCACAUGCGUAGCCGCUUCGAUUCAUCCCCUUCUCCAGGGCGUCCUGCUGCCGCGAAGACAAGCAUUGAUGCAACGCCGCAACGCCUGGGAACCCCGCCGCCUGGAUCACAGGCGCCUUCAGCGUAUCGCCGUUCAACUCAAACGCGUCCCCCUGGGCCUGUUGGUCCACGGCCGAGUGGUCCACGAUCGCGUAAUGCCAGCGUGAGCACGGGCCCACGUCCACAGGGCCAUCUCCUCACUGCGUCUACUUCUUCUGUCUCUACGGUGUCGGCAUCCAUCUCUGCCUCAACUUCUACCUCCUCACUUCCCACGGCAAGCACAUCGCGCUCAAGUACUACGGCCCGGCGGCCGAGUACUGCAGAUACACGCGGUGGCCCCCGUUUCCAGCCCGAGCCGGUGCCCAUUAGGCCCUAUACACUAGAAGCUGCACAGUGGACGUUCUCAAGCCAAGAGCUGCAAGGUCUUGUCACACGGGCGAUCAAACAGAGUGCAGAACCCGGCUCAGUCCGCGUUCUCCCGCUCGAUGUCCUCGAGGAGCAGCUUCCGAGCGACCUUGCGAAGCUCGAGGCAUACCAAACGGAUUUGAAGACGAAAUAUCGCUUGCUCGUGCGCAAACGCAACGCGCUGCUGACUGCAGCGGGCACCAGUGGAGGAGAUAAUGCUCAGGCGAAGUUGGAGGAUCUGCGUACGGUGACCGGGCAACUGGACGAGAUCGCCGACGCAAUGUACGUUGCUCGCGACCAGGCUGCGCAGCUACAGGUUCUCGCAUCCAAUCACGCAGGAAGUGCUCUGGCGAUCGCACUGCGCAAGAUCAAUGCGGCCUUCCUGAAACGUACGAAGGACGUGCAGGACCUUGCGGCCCGUUGUGCGGCACUCGAGCAGGAGCGCGAUGAAGCAUGGCGCGCAGCCCAAGCAGUGGCCGCUGAUCUUGAUCAACUAAAUGAUACGUUGGCCGAGGGAAGCAUCGCGAGCAUUCCUGAGGAGGUGCGAGGCAGCAGCGAGCGCGUUGCGAUGAGCAGGAAGAAUAGUAUGCGAGCGGCGCGCUCUGGCUUGAGGAGUCGCAGAGCGUCCAAUGUGGCUCCUAGUAGCAAGCGCGCCUCGCUCACUGUGGCCAGCCCGAGUAUAUCCAGCCAGCGAUUCAGCAUGCAGAGUCGCUCGAGUGUGUAUAGUCAGCAGGGACCGUUCUCCCCUGAUUCGUCGCCUGCGCCGCCUGUCCCGAAAAUGCCGCGAUUGUCGAACUUAUCGAUGCAUGCGGUCGCAACCCAUACCUCAUCCACUCCUAGCGGAUAUAGCAACAACUCUGAUCGUACGCCAUCCUCAGCCGCGACGGGUGUGGAAAAUACGCAGGCAUUGCGCGACGUCAUGCACAUGCUUGGAAUAUCCGAGUUCCCACCUCAAUCCCGUCGUCGGGCGAGCAUGAGCGCCGCGCCCACACCCGCGACGCCUGCGUUUGCGUUCAACGUCGUUGGAUCGCCAGUCCUGUCUCCAACCGCACCACUAUCUGCGACUGCGUUACAUCGUUCUCGCAGUGUAAGCGCGAUGGAUGCGCUAGGACCGAGCGAGCACGAGGCAGAGCGCGUCGCUGUCCUCGCUGCGCUGGACAAUGGUCUCAUCGACACGUAG